GAGCGUGUCAAACUGUUGCAGGCACAGAGAAGUGCAGCCACACAAGGAAAUUCAGCAUGUCCAAGAAGGAGGAUUCGAUGGAGGAGAUCAUGGAGUCCAAAGUGAUGUGGUACCCCGAUAGCAAGAAAAUCACACAGAUGGACCAGUUCAGAGCCAGGGUCAACAAGAAUUUUGGGCUCAGUCUGGCCAAUUACAAUGAACUAUACCAGUGGUCUGUGGAAUGCUAUCCAGAGUUUUGGGCAGAAUUUUGGGAUUUCAGUGGUCUUGUCUACUCACUUAUGUAUGAUGAGGUCAUUGACAGGUCCAAAGGAGUUGCUGAUGUUCCAGAAUGGUUUCAUGGGAGCCGUUUGAAUUAUGCUGAGAACCUUCUCAAACACAAGGAGAAUGAUAAAAUUGCUCUAUAUGCUGCAGUGGAAGGCAGGGAGAAUGUGGAAAAGGUGACUUUUGAAGAGCUGAGAAGAAAUGUAGCUUUAUACGCCGCUGCCAUGAGGAAGAUGGGACUUGAAACUGGAGACCGUGUUGUUGGCUACCUUCCAAACUGCAUCCAGACAGUGCAAGCCAUGUUGGCAGCUGCAAGCAUUGGAGCAAUUUGGAGUGCCACUUCCCCAGACUUUGGAGUCAAUGGAGUCCUGGACAGAUUUUCCCAAAUUCAGCCCAAGCUGAUCUUCUCUGUGGAAGCUGUAAUUUAUAAUGGGAAGGAACAUGGUCAUCUGGAGAAGCUGCAUAAUGUAGUGAAAGGAUUACCAGACUUGAAGAAAGUAGUAGUGAUUCCGUAUGUCCAGGCAAAAGAGAAAAUAGACAUCUCUAAGAUUCCUAACAGUGUGUUCCUGGAUGAUUUCCUAGCAACUGGAAAAGUGGGGGACCAGGACCCACAGCUGGAGUUUGAGCAACUUCCCUUCAAUCACCCCUUGUAUAUUAUGUACUCAUCUGGUACUACUGGAGCCCCCAAAUGUAUGGUGCAUUCUGCUGGGGGUACCUUGAUCAAACAUUUGUCAGAGCAUAUGCUGCAUGGAAAUACUACGAGCAGUGAUAUCAUCAUGUACUACACCACGGCAGGAUGGAUGAUGUGGAACUGGCUGGUUACAGCUAUAGCCACCGGAGCGUCAGUGGUGCUCUAUGAUGGGUCUCCUCUUGUUCCUAAUCCCAACGUACUUUGGGAUCUGGUGGAUCGACUGGGGAUAACUAUUCUGGGAACUGGAGCCAAGUGGUUGGCUGUCCUAGAAGAGAAGAAUUUAAAACCUCGUGAAACCAACAGCCUGCAAACACUUCACACCAUACUAUCAACUGGAUCGCCACUAAAGCCACAGAGCUAUGAUUAUGUUUAUAAGCAUAUAAAAAGCAACGUUCUUCUUGGAUCCAUCUCAGGUGGUACAGACAUUAUAGCUUGUUUUAUGGGACAGAAUACUACCAUUCCAGUAUACAGAGGGGAAAUCCAGGCCAGGAAUGUGGCAAUGGGGGUGGAAGCAUGGAGUGAGGAAGGAAAAGCAGUGUGGGGGGAAAGUGGAGAACUAGUGUGCUUAAUUCCGCUCCCGUCUCAGCCCACACACUUCUGGAACGAUGAAGAUGGCAGCAAAUACCAGAAAGCGUACUUCUCCAAAUUCCCAGGUGUCUGGGCUCAUGGUGACUACUGCAAAAUUAACCCCAAAACAGGAGGCAUCGUCAUGUUGGGGCGCAGCGAUGGCACUCUGAAUCCUAACGGGGUCCGAUUUGGAAGCUCGGAAAUCUACAAUAUAGUUGAAUCCUUUGAGGAGGUAUCAGACAGCUUGUGUAUUCCCCAGUACAACAAAGAUGGGGAAGAGCGAGUGAUUCUCUUUCUUAAAAUGAACAAUAAUUACACUUUUGGCAGUGACCUGGUGAAGAGGAUAAGAGAUUCUAUUAGAAUAGCACUGUCUGCCAGGCAUAUACCAUCUCUGAUCCUUGAAACCAAAGACAUUCCAUACACAAUUAGCGGGAAGAAAGUAGAAGUUGCUGUAAAACAAAUCAUCGCGGGCAAGGAAGUAGCGCAUCGCGGGGCGUUCUCCAACCCCCAGUCCCUGGAUCUAUACCGCAAUAUUCCAGAGCUGCAGAAUUUCUGAGAGACUAUGGGGAUCAUAUACAUUGACCUGCAUGGAUGGCACAGACUAAUAAGGGAAAUUCUGUAUUUCCAAGGUAUAUGUGACUUGUGCCAGCAGCCGUAUCUUGUUCUACAGGGAAGAAUCAACCUUCUAUCUACAUUCUGUCAACACACCAAAGUCAUUGCAUUCAGUUUUAUAAAUAGCAUUUCAGAACCAAAUGUCAUAUUCUCUCUUCUGGAAAGCAUGAGUUUAAGCCAUGGCAUCUGUUAUGUAAAAUUAGGUCAGUUUCCUCAUCUUAAUCCAAGGACACAAACUGUACACUUCUCCAGCUGUUCAAGUGGCCCUGUCUAGAAAAAACCCCAGAAAUGUCUACAGCCUGUAAGAAAUCUGAAAUGCUAUGCACUGUUACAGUCACCAAUCCCUCUCAUGAGCAUGGUACCCUGUACAAUUCUAGCCCAUCAUUCCUGUAUAUUUGCUAUCAUGGCAUGAGCUGUUACAGCAUGUGACCGUUUAGGAGCAAUUCAUGAGCCUGCUGGAAUUGUCUGCAUUGUCUCAGGAGCAGAGCAGACAUUAGGCUCCUGGGGAUUAUCAUGAUAAUAAUCUGCUUAGAGAAGGACAAAUACAUACUAGCGUUAGACCAUUUUGAAUUUAGAUAUAUCGGUACAAUGUCAGCACAUAGUAAACACUGCUUUAUAUAUACAGUAUAUAUAUAUAUAAUGGUGUCUUCAAUGUAGAGUUCAAGUAAUAGGUCCACUUUCCAUGAUAUGUCUUUAUGUGCUUCCACUCCAAAUGAAGUCAUACGUUCCCUACUCCUUCUAUAGACAGGUG